AUGGGGAGAGGUGCAAAGAAGGGAACAACGCUGGGAAAAACGCUUUAUUCGUUUUCAGUAGCCAACGGACAGAGCGGCAACGCUGGCGGUCAAUACGAAACGGAGACCAGGGGAAGCAACUGGCGGGAGUAUUCAGACGAGGGUUUCAACAAAAUAAUGACUGGAAACUCUCUCUCUCUGAGGGCCAGUGAUUUGAGCAAGACACGACCACGCUGGGCAGCAAAUGAUGAAGUGGCAGCCUUCUUUCUCGGUCGACGGGAUUCUACGACAAAAUGCAGCAGUCAUAAACCGACUUUUGGGGGCGGGAUGCUUGAGGGGGUUGUUGAAGCCUUGCCGUGGGCGAAGUAAAAAUGACAGGGCGAACAAAAUGGCUGGAUGACAGAGCCUGAUCUGCAAUCGCAUCGUCGGAGGUUGAUUUGAUCUAUCUGGGGUGUUGUUUAUAAAUAAAUAGGUGCCUUGACAUAUGAUCCCUAAGAGGAGUUGCUCAUAUCUAGUACUU